AUGGACGAGCUGGCAUCACUGUCUCUCACCCAUGUCCAAUUCGAUCCGCGCGACAAGAUUGCCUACUGGCUUGCAUAUAUUACCUUGUCACCACUCGCCAUUCUCGUCUUUUAUGCCUCAGUUAUUGUCAGUCGUCGCGAAGUUGCAGGAAUUCUCAUGCUGGCUGGCCAAUUAUGUAAUGAAGGCCUGAAUGCUGUUCUCAAGGAAUAUCUGCAAAUUGCUCGUCCACAUGCCCACCUCGGCACCGGGUAUGGUAUGCCUUCAAGUCAUGCCCAGUUUGUCUGCAUAUAUCUCGGUUACCAUAGCUUACCUCAAGUGAUGGCGGGUAGUUUUGCUGGAUUGGCUUUUGGAGUAGUAUGGUAUGCCCUUACAGAACUUGGCCUCCGCAAAUCAGGAUGUAUUCAGUGGGCACUGGACCAACCAGUAGCAAAGCGAUUGUAUCUACGAGAUAUGCGUGCUAUUGACAAUGUGGCAAGAUGGGAAUAUCAACAGUGGGAGCAACAAGUAAGGCAUCGUCAAGGAUCUGAGAACAAGCAAGAAUAG